AAGCUCCUCUCCAUCCAUCUACCAACCUAGGCCUUCACGAUAUGUAUACCAGUCCUCAUGAUUCAAGUAGAAGAUCGUCCAUGUUCACAACACCGUCGGAAUACGCGAGCCCAGCAACUCCAACGAUAUAUCAACAAUGGCAAACCGGCUCUGCAGCACCUAGUAAUCCGUCAGCUUAUACCUUCCCACAGCAGCCCAGCAACGCUCAUCAACCUUUUGUCGGCCACGCAGGGGUCCCAAUGACUCACAGUCAACAGUAUAUGAAUACAUCGUUUGACGGUCUACCAAGGAGCCAUAAUACACAACAAGACGGAAUGAUUCGUUCGCUCCCCCAACCCACCUUCACCAAUUAUAUGCCUCACGAGCCAGGAUCCCUUCCGGGGUCAGCUAUAAAGACUGACCCUCUUCCGCGGCACCCUACACAAUAGGUUCGCCGCCAGUCGACGGGGAACUAUAGCCUUGUCAACCAGCUGCGUUGGCGGCUGUCCUCGUCAUAUUGAAGAGUCCUAUCUAAUGUCUGCGCCCCAACUUAAGGCAACUCAUUAACUGUAUAUGUUUUGUGAACACCCCUGCAUACGUGCGGCGUAGCCCUCGAUGGGUUAGUUGUUCACCUUAGCUCGAGAGCUGAGAGUCUUGGCAUUAAGUCAACGCGAAUUGUUGACCGGCUGCCUCGAGACUCAAUACAGAGUAGCCUUUGAGGACGACGGAGGCCGGAUGCUAUGGCAUCCAAAGUACUCUAACGGGGCGGUAAUUAUUAUCUUACUACAAACCGCCAUCGAAUUCUUCUUCUCACAUGCGCAUAUGAGGCGGAGGCAAUUCGUCUUUUUUAAUUUCACAGAGCCUCGGCGUGACCGGUCUAACAGUUUGCAUCUAUUUAUUUUGUUCGCGUUCCAAGCUUGGCCAGUCCUUGUCACAUUUGUAUACCGUCGAUACCUAACUCUGCGAGCGUCAUGCGAUAACACGAAACUUACCGAUGGGACGAAAAACACGGGGCCGGCAAUGGUGAAGUAUUAUCAAAGGUGCGGCAACCAAUCAACGGGGAGAGAUUACUCCAAAGGGCGGCUUCGAUGUCUUCUCAUAAACCACUAUAUCAUAAACACGCGAGUUGGCUACGUCUUAUUGCAUAGCUUGGGUGGCAUACGAUCUACACGAGUCGAAAGGGAGACCUAACGGGGCGGUUCUUUUAUACCUGCACGCUUCACCCGCCAGACUCAGUCUUUGAUCGCAUGGUGAAGCAAGUAGGGGUUAUUCUACCCUAGCUUAAGAGAUGGUGGUGGUGGUCGUCUGUUCUUGUUCCCGUGUUACUACAUUUCUCUUUCGAGCUGAGGUUAUGUCGUCACGAUUAUUGGGUUUUAUUCUUUUUUUGUGUUUUCACGUAUAGCUAGUUCAUGCUGGAGGUUACCCUACCCUUCACUCUCCUUUCGUUUAUUUUAUUUUAUUUUAUGCUGUAUUGAUAUUCUGAAUCGACGAGCGAGCAAAGUGGGAGGACGGAAGAGGGCGAAAAUGGAGGAUCCAGCUUGGUAAGCGGUACCGAGGCUGGGCUGGCAGCUGGCUCGUUUGGUAAAUUGUUUUGUGCUCUGUUUUAGACAGUUCCGGUUGAGCGGAAGGAACCUAGGUGGCUUGGGACAUGUGAUCUACGUGUUGACGUCUAUGUAGACAUUCCUUGCUAGGAUGUAAUUGACACGAGUGAGCACUUAAAGGAGUAAUCCUUCUACGCUAUACUAUCUUCAGACUCUAAAUUUUGUUCCCCUUCCGUAUCGAGAUAUAUAGUAAGACGAUGUUAUGGCCUAUAGCCGAGCUCAAUGGGA